AUCAAUACAGGCGCAUGCUUUAUACGUCAUCACCAAAGACCUUCCCUGUCCCUCGUGUCAUAACAUGGUCGACUCUGGUAACCUAGCAAUGACACCGACCCUUUAACAGCUGAAUUAAACGUGUUGAAUCGAGGAUUUGCCAUGCCUCGCUACGAGCUGGCUCUGAUCCUGAAGGCGAUGCAGCGGCCGGCUACAUCAGCUGCUCUCCGGAGGACUGUGGAGACUCUGAUGGAGCGAGGAGCGGUGGUGAGAGACCUGGAGAACCUGGGGGACAGACUGCUGCCAUACAAGAUCAACAAACACAACGAGAAGCACAGCAGAGGGGCAUACUUCCUGGUGGACUUCUACGCAGCUCCCACUAUCCUGACAGGCUUGCUGGAUCACCUGCACCGGGAUGUGGACGUGGUGAGGCCCACUGUGCUGAAGAAGGAGGACCAGGACCAGGUCUCCCAGAGUAACUGCUGUGGCCCCCAGCAGUGAUUGAAUGUUUUCACAGCUCCUUCCCAGAAGAUGUACAGUGUGAUGCUUCCCUCUUUGACCUUUUCCAUAGAUGUUGACUUACAUUUGGAUAUUAUGUCAUAAUAAACUACUUUUUUUCUAUCUUA